AUGUCAUACAGUGUCCCGCAUCCUUCCGGCGAAGGCGAGCUGACGCUUCUCGACGAGAUUUCAGGGUUCUGCAAGCCCGGCGAGAUGACGGCGCUUAUGGGGUCGUCCGGCGCCGGCAAAACCACCCUCCUCGACGUGCUAGCCGGCCGCAAAACGGGCGGGACCAUCACUGGAGACAUCUGCGUGAACGGGCAUCCCAAACGGCAGGAAACCUUCAUCAGGAUUGCUGGGUACGUCGAGCAACAAGAUAUGCAUUCGGCAGUGGUGACUGUGAAAGAGGCCCUGAUGUUCAGCGCUACGAUGCGUCUGGAGAGUUCAAAGAUGGACGCCGAUGGUUGCGAGAAGUUCGUCGGCGGCAUUCUCUCGGUGCUCGAGCUGGAGGAGAUCGCCGACCGCCUAAUCGGGAGCGAGGCGAGCGGAGGGCUGUCCCUGGAACAGCGCAAGAGGACUACCCUGGGAGUGGAGCUAGCCGCUAACCCUAGCCUCGUCUUACUCGAUGAGCCCACCAGCGGGCUGGACGCCCGCUCGGCUCAGGUGGUGAUGAGAGCGAUCCGCAAGGUGGCCGCAACCGGACGCGCAGUGAUCUGCACAAUCCACCAGCCAUCCACCUACUUGUUCGAGAUGUUCGACUCCCUACUGCUGCUGAAGAAGGGCGGGCAGACGGUCUUCUUCGGAGAGCUCGGCGCAGAGUCCUCCAAACUCAUCAGCUACCUGUUGUCGGUGCCCAACACCCCUUCCAUCCGGGACAACGUCAACCCAGCCACUUGGAUGCUUGAGUGCAUCGGUGCGGGCACCACCGGGAAGGUGGACCCUCAAGUGUAUGCAGACGUGUACAAGAAAAGCAAGCUCAAGAGCGGCACACUCCGAGAGCUGGAGACCCUCAUGGUUCCCCCUGCGGGCUCCGAGCCGCUGCAGUUUAGCUCCGUCUACGCCGCGCCGAGGAGCCUCCAGAUUAAGACAUGCAUAGACCGGGCAAUCCUUCAGUACUGGCGCAACCCGAACUACAACUGGUCUCGUAUCAUGCUCGCCUUGGUGAUUGCUAUCAUCUUCGGAACGGCGUCGAUUGGUCGUGACCUCGAGUCGGAAGCAGAUGUCGGUGCACAGACUGGCGUCAUCUACAUGUCCACCAUGUUCGUGGGGUCGAUCUGCAUGCAGACCGCCAUUGCGGCCGGCUUUCUGGAACGCAUCGUCUUUUACCGGGAGAAGGCGGCCAACAUGUACAGCAGCUUGGCGUACGUCAUCGGCUAUACUGUCGCCGAGGUCCCGUACAUCGUGGUCAUCACGCUGGCGUUCUGCUGCAUAUUUUACUUCGUCAUGGGCCUCGCCGCCACCGCCCACCAGUUCUUCUUCUACUGGAUGUAUUUCAUGCUGUGGGUGACUUUCAUGGUCUUCAACGGCAUGAUGUUCGUUUUCAUCAUCCCCAGCUUUUCCACGGCGGGCGUGUUGGCGGGGACGCUCGUUAGCAUGUUCAGCGUAUUCGCGGGCUUCCUCAUCAGCCCUGCCAAGAUCCCGGGCCUGUGGCUGUGGGCAUACUACCUAAACCCGCUGCACUACAUCCUAGAGGGUAUGGUAAGCACGCAGUUUAACGGCAAUGACCGAACCAUCGAGACGGCGACCCAGGGGCCAAUGACCGUGGAAGAGUACGUGGACGGGUACUUCGGCGGCGAGUACAAAUACAGCAACCGGUGGUACGACGUGAUGGCGCUGCUAUUGUUCAUCAUUGCCGUUCGGGCGGUUUACAUGUAUGCCCUGGGACACAUCACGCAUCUCAACCGCUAAACCGCUGAACGCGGUAUACACCGGGGCCGGCCCGCAUGAGAUCUGCCCACAGACUCAUCGUUGUACGUGGGAUAGGUGGAAUGGUGGCGGGGAGCUCGUUUGCUUGUCGAAAUUGUAGAUUCCGCUGGCGACACACCAUGAGCUGGAACGGCGCAAGUGCAGAGAAGCAAAACGUCUUGUUCGCAGGAGGUGGGGGGUGCUGGUUGCGGGUGGCGGGGAUAGAAAGGCUGAAUGAAGUUUCCCCCGACUCUUUUUGCCAAGCGGCAGCAUCCUCGAGUUUAUCUGGGGUCGACCACCACGGCUUAUUUUAUCUAGUGAUGGCGGCUGCAGAGUUAAGCACGACGUGUUCAACUCGAAGCACUUUGAGAGAGACAUGAGGGCAGGCACGCAAAGAAUUUACCCCGGAGGAAUUUUAGGGGGGUCCUGGCGGGUGGAGACGAAGGGUCGCAGGACGCCAGCCGCCGUCCCCCGUUCCCCGUCCCCGUACCACCGCUUCAAGGAAUGUUGGGACAGGACACUGCUGCGACAGUAAGUGCUGCGGGUUCCCUAUCGAGCGAGUCUGGAUGCAGCGCGGAGCGCUCUGGUUUCUUUCCGUGUCUGGUCAACCGAACUCUUGUGUUCUCACGGAUAUCGCGUCCGGCGCGAACAAGUACGAAGUUUGUUGUACGUGAUACAAGAAUGGUGCGGGUUAACGAUCUAUUUUGUAGGAGUAGAAAUGUGAAUAUUUCAGACAUUAGAGAAAGCAGGCUGGUGCCAUUCUUGCCCCAAGUUUCUGACAAGCGUGAGAUUUUUCUUCAGCGUCACGACUGCGUCUGUGCUUUCAGGAACCAAUUCUAGUAAAAGUUGCUAGGGCUCUGUUGUUGCGCCUUGCGAUGGCUGGUCUUCCCUUCCUCUCGCCUGAU